AUGGCCUAUAAAUUUGUUGGAAAGUGGAAACUUUGUGAUUCUACCAACUUUGACGAAUAUUUGAAGCAAGUUGGAGUUGGCUUAUUGACUCGUACUGCUGCUAAGGCUAUCAAACCGGAAUUGGAAUUUGUGGUUGAUGGAGACAAGUGGAAGAUGACGUCAACUUCAACUUUUACCACGUGGGUGUGUGAAUUUUUGUUGGGUGAAGAAAAGGAGCAGGCAACUGCUGAUGGGCGUAAAUUGAAGUGCACCUUCACUUUUGUUGACGGAAAACUUAUUGAAGAACAGAAGAAGAUUAAAGAUGAUGACAAGGAAAGCCAUUUUGAGCGUUAUAUUGAUGCUGAUGGAAAAUUGGUGAUUACUUGUAAGAGUGGAAAUGUUGAAGCUGUUCGAAAGUAUGAAAAAAUUUAAAGGAAGAAAAGGGAAGGUUUGAGAGUACAAAAAGGAACACAUUUUUUGAUAUAAAAAAUUUUUUUAAUUGAUAAUUUUGCUGCCUUUUUUGGACUUUAAUGUGGGCAUUCUUUUAAUUGUAUUCACUUUAAUUUAAAAAUUUAAUUGAUUAUAAAUGUAAAAGGCGCUUUAAUUAUUUUUAUAAUUUUUGUUUUGGGUUAUUUGCCUGAUUACUUUUUAAAUAUUGUGUACUUGAUUUUUUUUGUAGACUGAAGAGAUUCUUGUCGUGUAUGUGCGUCUUUUAUGUGCGUAUUAUUAUUUCUUUUAAGGGUCUGAUUUGGUCAGCCAAUCAUAAAAACGAGUUAUCCCACAUAAGCGCACAUCACGACUUUCGUUCUUUAUCAGGCUGUAACUUUC